GGGGAGAGGGAAAGAUGGAGGUUCGGGUCUGGGGGAGACUCCUGAGCCUGGCCGUGCUCUCCAGCGUCCUCUGCCUGGACUCGGUGCUGGGAAAAUACGUGAAAGGAGUUGUGGACACCAAAGAGGACUGGGUUUUCCUUACUCGCUUCUGUUUUCUCACUGAAUUUGGACGGCUGGACUUCCGGUUCCGCUAUCCCAAGGCCCGCUGCUGUCAGAACAUACUGCUCUACUUCGAUGACAGUUCUCAGUGGCCAGCCGUCUACAAGAGGCCUGAGAAGACCUGCUACCAGAAAGAAGCAGUGUUGAGGCCGGAGAACAACCAGGUCAUUAACCUGACCACCCGCUACACCUGGUCAGGAUGCGUGGUGGAGGGUGACGGCAGUGAGGAAGUUUUGAGCUGCGUUGGCGGACGUAGUUUCCGCUCAGUGAGGGAGAGAUGGUGGUAUAUCGCUCUCAGCAAGUGUGGGGGCGAUGGUUUGCAACUGGAAUACGAGAUGAAGCUGACCAACGGCCAGUCGUUCUGGACGCAACAUUUCUCCGCGGAUGAGUUUGGAAUCCUGGAGACCGACAUCACGUUCCUGGUCAUCUUUGUCCUGGUGUUCGUGCUCUCCUGCUACUUCGCCUACAAUCUGAAGGGAAGACAGCUUCUUCACACCACCUACAAAAUGUUUAUGACUGCUGCAGGCGUGGAGGUGCUGAGCCUGUUGUUCCAUUGUGUCUACUGGGGCCUGUACGCUAGAGAUGGGGUUGGCAACGGCAGCCUGAAGCUCCUGGGGAAAUUACUUUUUUCCAUCAGUUUCUUGGUGUUCCUUCUUAUGCUCAUAUUGUUGGGCAAAGGCUUCACUGUCACCAGAGCACGGAUCAGUCACAGUGGCUCGGUCAAGUUGAGCAUCUACAUGACCGUGUACACCAUCACCUACGUCAUCCUCUUCAUAUACGAGGCUGAGUUCUUCGACCCAGGUGAGGUUCUGUACGCCUACGACAGCCCGGCCGGCUAUGGACUGAUGGGUCUGCAGCUGCUGGCCUACGUGUGGUUCUGCUACGCCGUGCUGGUGUCUCUCAAGCACUACCCGGAGAAGCAGCCCUUCUACGUCCCCUUCUUCACCACCUACACUCUCUGGUUCUUCGCUGUGCCUGUCAUGGCUCUCAUCGCCAACUUUGGCAUCCCUCGCUGGGCUCGGGAGAAGAUCGUCAACGGGAUCCAGCUGGGCAUCCACCUCUACGCCCACAUCGUCUUCCUGGUGAUCACGAGACCUUCGGCGGCCAAUAAGAAUUUCCCCUACCACGUCCGGACGUCCCAGAUCGGGAUUUUGCUGUCGAGUCCCAAAGGUGGCGAAGGGGGGGAGAGCUUCCCCCAUCACGCUUACGGGAACAGCUCCUUCGUGGGAGACUCUCAGCCCAACUUCACUGAGCUCUUCUCCAUCCAGUCUGAUCCUCUGAAGACGGUAGAGGAGACGGUGACCCGGAAAGGACCCGAGGUGCCAAGAAACAGCGAGCAGAAGAUCAUCACCACCGCAGCAGACUUGACAUCCAUAUUGCCGCCGCCGCCGCCGCCAAUCCCCCCCCGCCCUGCUGCACGCUCGCCUCCGCUGCCCCCACGACUCCCUUCCUUCACCGAAUACUUCAGCAUGCAGGGCGGGAGUGGAGGAGGGAUGUUCGGAUCGAAGGCGUAAAGGACAGAUCAGCCAAAUACAAAACGCGAUUUUGGAUGGACACAGAAAUCAUUGACAUCCCCUGACAUUCCCUCUCUCACCUGUGAACGGACGAGCGAAGGUAGACCUGGUUGUUAAAGAAGCAAUAAAUAUUUGAUGCUGAGCUGUAGCGAGGCUCGCAGAGAUAAAAAAUAUGACAAAGUGGAUGUAGCCGGAGCAACAGAGCGGUAGCCGUGCAGCGCAGGGAAACCAACAAAACGCUUUUUAGUCAAACAUUCAUGAGGCGUUGAUAGCUGGGCAAGAGUUUGGUGAAUAUUACAGACUCUGUUCGCUGAAAUUCAAUGUUAUUGAGAAUCGAAAUUUGUGGGGGGAAGAGUGCUCACUUGAGAAUCUUGUGCCAGAAAAUACUUUCUUUCCCUUUCACCAUUUUUAGUCUUCUCAUCUGACGUCAGGUCGAGGGGGCAGCGUCUGAGUUACACCCAAUUUUUUUUUUUUAAUUCCCGACAUGUUUUGUGGUUCCAGACACUGGAAUAUAUUUUCAGUCGAGCUGUAUAAAAGGAAUCUGUAGACGGGCCAGAUACCACUACUUUUUAUAAAUAUGUUUUUUAUCGUUUUGCAUUUGGUGCUGUUACCAACAUGCCAUGAUGUUUUUGAUAUUAUUUUCCGGAUUCACACGCUUUUUAUAAGACGAUAUUUAUCUAUAGUUUGUCAGGUUAAUUUGUCAUCAAUGCUGGAUUGAAAUGCUAAAUGUAGUUUACUGUUGGAAGUCUGCAUGUUCGUGUCGUAGUUCCUGUCUUUUAAAAAGAAACUAUAUCUUCUCUAUGUGGCUGAACCGAACAAACCAACGCUUGGAUUCCAUGUCCGGGACAGUUUUUUUCCGAUUUUACGGCAGAGAAGCAGAAGCUAUUUGGAAGUCAUUGUUCUUGUGUUGUCUCUGUUGCUGCUUUUGUUGACCUAGCUACUGCUGUUGGAGUGUAUCAAAGUUUUGGUACCUGUUCUAGCUAGGGAAUAGAGCUGAGCCAGAGGGUGAGGCUCCUUGUGGUCAUUGUCAUCUAGUUCGCUCAUGAAAAGAAAGAGCUACUUUUAGGUCGGACCAAGUUGCUGAACGCAGCUGGGUCGUCCACCUGAGACGUGGAGGAGAGCCAUGUCUCCCACAUGGAUGGUUACAUUUGUUAAUAAGUCCCACAAUGACUGAGGAAUGUCUGGAUCCCUCUGCAGGAAUAGGAGAUGUUUGGAAAUGCAGUGUGAAAUGUGAAAGAGUUAGAGAAAGAGAUUUUAAAAAAACAUCAUUUGGGAGCAGUAUUACUUGUUGCACAGUAUCAGUGGACACACUACGCUUUGAUUCCUCUCACCACCUUUAGAAGCAAAUUCAAUGAUUCGAUCUCAAAUGACCUUGAAUUUGUUUUUGUGGGAGGUAAAUCUCCUCACACAUAGCUUGGCUGAUCCAUUAGAUUUUCUUUUGAUAUUGAAAUAUGUUUAAAAAGUUUCACAAUCGUUGGUGUUGUUGGAUAGAGCUGUUGAAGAUGAGGAUCAGCGCCUCCUAUUUUCAUUGUCACAAUCCACUCACUGAAAACACUGAUGUUAUCUGGGGGGAUCUUGUUUUUCAGGCUUGUUGAAGCUGCUGAAGCAAUGUGGUUGAUCUGGAUUGAGAAUAUCUCGGGAUCCUAGAGUGUUCUUAAGGAGGGGAGGAGGAGUUGGCACAGUGUCCGUCCUGCAUGGAGCACUUUAAUGUUCAGUGUUCAGUUCGAGGUCAUGACAUCAUGCCACACACACACGCACAGUUCUAUACCGGAGGCGAGUCUGUAAAUACCAUCCGAUGUUUAUAUGAAACCUUUUCAUCUGUGUAAAGUGACAUCAGAGCGCGUGUUGGCGGUAGGAUUGUGGUGUAACUGUCAGAAGUGAAACGUAGCCGUGACACAGAAUGAUACUUGAACUUCAGUCCUCCGGGUUUGUACUUGGCUCGUUGAGGCCAACUCUUGUCGCCCGCCUGCCGAUACGGUUGCCAUGUUGUGACUGCAGACUCGACUCGUACCGACUCCCGUGUCGUUUGUGACGUACGACGACCAGACCCAGACCAGGCCGGUGGGCGGAGAGACGCAUGACUGACGACAGCACAGCUUUGUAGGACUCUCAGAGCGACUGAGUGAAGAGCACAGCACUGAAGCACUGUUCGUUUUGAUCGUGUCAAAUUCUAAACAUGCUGUACAUACACACUUUUGCCAAAACGAUAAUAAAAAGAUGG